UGUGCGGGCACAGCUCCAUGGCAGAGGCAAGUGAAGCCUAAGUUCAAACGUCCAAGACCCGCCAAAGCAUGAGUACCAUUGUUGAUGGCUUUUCUUUCUCGCUUUUGGUCUGUAAGAACUUUAUAUCUCCCGUUGGAAACAUCGAGCAAGUUUCUGCAAUUAUGUGCAGCUUCAACUUUCUCUGCGACCCAAGCAAUCCCACCCACCAGGAAGACUUUCUCUCAUAUUUUUCAGGAGUGCUCGAACCGGAGAGCUCUGAAACCGGGAAAAGAAGCUCAUGCUCACAUGAUUCUAUCUGGGUUUGAGCCCACUGUCUUUGUAACUAAUUGUUUAAUUCAAUUGUAUGUUAAAUGUUGCGCUUUGGAGUAUGCAUUUAAGGUGUUUGAGAAAAUGCCGCAGAGGGACAUUGUGUCUUGGAACACAAUGAUUUUUGGCUGCGCAGGGGGUGGAAUGAUGGAAGUUGCGCAGGCGUUGUUUGAUUCCAUGCCUCAUCAUGGUGAUGUGGUUUCAUGGAAUUCUUUGAUUUCUGGGUACUUGCAAAAUGGUGACAUACAUAAGUCAAUUGCUGUCUUUUUGAAAAUGAGAGAAAUGGGAGUUUUGUUAGACCAAACUACCCUGGCGGUUUCUUUAAAAGUUUGCUCCAUGUUGGAAAAUUACGUUCUGGGAAUUCAGAUUCAUGGUAUUGCAGUCCAAAUGGGUUUUGAUUAUGAUGUUGUGACAGGAAGUGCUCUAGUAGAUAUGUAUGCCAAGUGUAACAAACUAGAGGAUUCACUUAGUGUUUUCUCUGAAUUGCCAGAUAAGAAUUGGAUUUCAUGGAGUGCUGCAAUUGCAGGCUGUGUUCAAAAUGAUCAGUUUAUCAGGGGCCUUAAACUAUUCAAAGAGAUGCAGAGAAGGGGAAUUGGGGUGAGUCAAUCUACUUAUGCUAGUGUCUUCAGGUCUUGUGCAGGACUAUCUGCCUCUAGAUUAGGUACGCAGUUGCAUUGCCAUGCAUUGAAGGCUGACUUUGGAUCUGAUGUUGUUGUAGGAACUGCUACUAUGGAUAUGUAUGCUAAGUGUGACAACAUGUCUGAUGCCCACAAGCUGUUUAGCUUGUUACCAGACCAUAACUUGCAAUCUUACAAUGCCAUGAUAAUCGGGUAUGCUCGAAAUCAGCAAGGGUUUCAAGCUUUAAAGCUAUUUCUUCAGUUGCAGAAAACCGGUUUCAGUUUCGAUGAAAUAUCUCUUUCUGGUGCAUUGAGUGCAGCUGCAGUGAUCAAAGUGCUCUCUGAGGGGGUUCAGCUACAUGGAUUAGCCAUUAAGUCUAAUUUUUCAUCAAAUAUCUGUGUUGCAAAUGCCAUCCUGGAUAUGUAUGGCAAAUGUGGAGCCUUAGUUGAAGCUUCUUGCAUGUUUGAUGAAAUGGAAAUAAGGGAUGCGGUGUCUUGGAAUGCUAUCAUUACAGCUUGUGAACAGAAUGAAAGCGAUCGGGAAACGCUCUCACAUUUUGCUACAAUGCUACGCACAAAGAUGGAGCCUGAUGAGUUCACAUAUGGUAGUGUUUUAAAAGCUUGUGCAGGUCAGCAAGCUUUCAACACUGGCAUGGAGGUUCAUGGAAGAAUUAUCAAAUCUGGAAUGGGUCUGGACAUGUUUGUAGGAAGUGCCCUCGUUGAUAUGUACUGCAAAUGUGGAAUGAUGGAAGAGGCAGAAAAGAUCCAUUACCGGCUGGAAGAACAAACAAUGGUCUCAUGGAAUGCAAUCAUUUCAGGAUUUUCACUGCAAAAGAAAAGUGAAGAUUCACAAAGAUUUUUCUCUCAUAUGUUGGAAAUGGGUGUAGAACCUGACAAUUUUACUUAUGCAACCGUUCUGGACGCUUGUGCUAACUUGGCUACUGUUGGACUGGGAAAGCAAAUCCAUGCACAAAUUAUCAAGCUGGAAUUGCAAUCAGAUGUGUAUAUUACAAGCACUCUUGUUGACAUGUACUCAAAAUGUGGAAAUAUGCACGAUUCUCUACUUAUGUUUCAGAAAGCUCCCAAGAGGGAUUCUGUCACAUGGAAUGCCAUGAUCUGUGGAUGUGCUUACCACGGUCUAGGGGAAGAGGCCCUGGAGAUUUUUGAACAUAUGCUCCUUGAGAAUAUGAAACCAAACCACGCAACUUUUGUUUCGGUUCUUCGAGCUUGUUCACAUGUGGGAAAUGCUGAGAAGGGCCAAUGUUAUUUUCACAAAAUGGCAAGUAUCUAUGGCUUAGACCCCCAACUCGAGCACUACUCGUGUAUGGUGGAUAUUCUAGGGAGAUCAGGCCAAGUAGAGGAGGCAUUAAAGCUCAUACAGGACAUGCCAUUUGAAGCAGAUGCAAUUAUAUGGAGAACUCUGCUUAGCAUCUGCAAAAUCCAGGGGAAUGUAGAAGUUGCAGAGAAGGCAGCUGGUUCACUUUUGCAAUUGGAGCCAGAUGACUCGGCUGCUUACACCCUUCUAUCAAAUAUCUAUGCUGAUGCAGGCAUGUGGCAACAAGUUUCAAAGAUGAGACAAACAAUGAGAUAUCACAAUUUGAAAAAGGAGCCAGGUUGCAGCUGGAUUGAGGUUAAGGAUGAAGUACAUACAUUUCUUGUUUGUGAGAAAGCACAUCCAAAAUGCAAACAGAUCUACGAGCUGCUUGAUGUGCUGAUUUGUGAUAUGAGAAGGGCUGGGUAUGCGCCUGAUACAGACACCAUACAGGUUGAAGGGAUUGAAGAAAAUGGGCAUCGGGAGGUCAAAUCCUAUGGCUUUUCUUAGUGUCAGUGUUGAGAAUGAUGGGCAUUGGAUUGGAUUGUUAACUAGGACAUCAGAAGUAUUUUUUUUUCUUUAGGUGGAAAGAAGACUCUUGAAGUAUUGGCACAAACAAUCCCACAUGCACAAUGGAGUUAUGAGCUCCCAACAAAUGAUAGGAUGAAUUAGCUGGGCUUCUUACAAACUCUUGAUGGUAACCUUGCGUACUAUUGUGCAUUAACCCAAAGCAAAAUAGUUGAUAUAAACUUCAAUGUUAAUUCUUUAUUGUUUAAUUUGAGGCCAUCGAGUUCAAAUGCA